UUCAUCCAUAAACAGCAAUUCUGAAAUCCUGUGCGUUUGAUUGAAUGGAAUGGCAUAUGCUUCUUAUUGGACGUCUACAUUCUAGUUCAUUUCGAGCUCCCGCACAACCAAUUUUCUGAAUUUCGAUCUACAUCAUGUCUUAUUCCAAUUCCACCGAAAUCAACAUAGUUGACGGCGGCGACGAAGAUAGAGGAAAUGAUUUCGGAUUCGGCCAAUGGAUUUUCGACCGGAAUUCGAUCAGCUCGAGGAUGAGCCAAUCUUCGCCUAGAGAUUCGUCGGGAUCGCCCUCACACCUAUCUCAUCAUUCCGCAUCGCCAUCUUCUUCGGCGAACGGCUAUUUUGAUUUUAAGAAAACGAAGUUAUCCAAGAGAAAGGCGUGGUACAUGAAUAGGACGACGAUUGGAUUGGGGCUGUUGGUGGGUCUCUUCUUCCUAAUGAAUUUUUGGAUGCUUAGACGGAUCCAAGAACCGGGCUGGGUGCGUGGGAACAUCAAGCUUAAGCCUUUGAAAUCGAACGCUACCACUGUGUUUAUCCGGGAAGAACUGCAAAAACUUGGCAGAGGAAAAAAACCUCAGAAAACCAUAUACGCAAGGCUUUUGGCUAAGGCUGCUCAUGCACUAGCUGAGGGAGAGACCAAGGAGCCUAAGGACUUGUGGAUGGAACCUUACACUCGCGCUUCUUCAUGGACCCCUUGUUCUCAUACACGCAAUUGGGAACCUAGUGAGGGUACAAGUGGUUUUAUAAUGGUCACAGCUAAUGGUGGAAUAAAUCAGCAGCGAGUAGCUGUAUGCAAUGUUGUUGCUAUUGCUAGAAUGCUUAAUGCAACACUUGUUCUUCCCAGAUUUAUGUUUAGCAGUGUUUGGAGAGAUGCUAGCCAGUUCGGCGAUAUUUACCAGGAGGAUUAUUUCAUCGACUACUUGAAGCCUGAUAUUCGGGUUGUCAAGGAACUUCCAUUGGAGUUACAGUCAUUAGAUCUGGAGGCAAUGGGUAGCAUGGUUACAGACUCAGAUAUUAUGAAAGAGGCUAAGCCAAGUUUUUACAUGAAGUACAUUUUGCCCAUUUUGCAUCUCAACAGAGUAGUUCAUUUUGUCGGAUUUGGGAACAGAUUGGCAUCUGAUCCAGUCCCUCAUAAGUUACAGAGUCUUCGAUGCAGAUGCAACUUUCAUGCACUAAGAUUUGUCCCUAAAAUACAAGAAGCCGGUGCUUUGCUUAUUCAGAGGAUGCGUCAAAAUGAUACAGGUUUGGGGCAUUUGGACCAUUAUCUUGUAGGUCCAUUUGCACAGACAACGGUGAAGGGGCAAAAAACUGCUGCUGCUAAAAAAUCAAGAUACCUAGCCUUACAUCUGAGGUUUGAAAUUGACAUGGUAGCUCAUUCUUUAUGUGAAUUUGGUGGAGGUGAAGAGGAAAAACGUGAAUUGGAGGCUUACCGAGGAAUACAUUUCCCUGCAUUGGUGGAACUGGAAAAAAAAAGAAAGUUUCCCUCCCCAACAGAAUUAAAAUCUGAAGGAUUAUGUCCAUUGAUGCCAGAGGAGACAGUGCUUAUGCUUGCUGGUCUUGGUUUCAACAGGCGAACCCAUAUAUACCUAGCUGGUGCACAUAUUUAUGGGGGGAAGUCAAGAUUGGCAGCAUUGACUACCUUGUUUCCUAAUUUAGUGACCAAAGAAAACUUGCUUUCUUCAACUGAAAUUGAUCCAUUUAAGGAUUUCUCUUCUCAGUUGGCGGCACUUGACUUUAUAGCAUGCACUGCUGCUGAUGUAUUUGCCAUGACAGACUCAGGAAGUCAAUUUUCUUCUUUAGUAGCUGGCUACCGCAUCUAUUAUGGCGGAGGCAAAAUGCCAACAAUACGGCCAAACAAACGGCGGCUUGCUGACAUCUUUGUAAAAAACAACACCAUAGAAUGGAAGGUUUUUGAGACAAGAGUGAGGAAGGCAGUAAGACAAAACAAAAGAGUAUUUUCACGACCUGUUGGAAGGAGCGUAUAUAGAUAUCCACGAUGCAAGGAUUGUAUGUGCUAUAAUGAUUAAGCUUGCUGUGAAUACCAGCAUCAUCCAUCCAUUGUACUUUUGUAUGUUAACCAUCUUGACUUUUAAGUUCACUCUCCGAUCAAAAAUCAUUGUUCCCGUAGUUCCUUGGUUGCAUAGUGUACUUUUCACCACACUUAAAAGUUCCCUUUUUUGUUUCUUAGACCUGACUUGCUAGACAUCAGCGAUGAGAACUCCUAUAGCUGUAAAUGUACAUGCUCGAGAUGAUUUUUGACUAAUUGAAUACACUUUGCCUC